AUGGCCGCUCCAUGCCAGACAAAGACUCCUUCUAGCCCCCUUCGAAGCCGUUACGGGGGCUAUUUACCCAUCGAGGACUAUGGAAUCAUCGGGAACAUGAGGACCUGCGCCCUGGUCGGCAUGGACGGCAGCUGUGACUUCAUGUGUUGGCCCGACUUUGACUCCCCAAGCAUCUUCUGCCGCCUGAUAGACAAGUCCAAGGGCGGUCAUUUCUCCAUCUCUCCGCCGCCAGACCUGUCAUGCACGACCAAGCAGUCGUACUUGCCCUCAUCCAACAUCCUGCAGACCCGGUAUAUCCAUGAGGAUGGCGUCGCGGACCUCGUGGACUUCUUCCCCCGCCCAAAUACUACCUAUGCUCCAGUCCAACGGGCAGGUGGCCGCAGCGCCUUCCGCGAGGUCCAGGCUGUGCAGGAGGAGCUCAAGAAAUGGCUUGUCCGCCGCGUGGAGUGCGUUCGCGGCCAGAUGUCCCUGAAUGUAGAGAUCUUCCCGGCCUUCGACUAUGCGAGGGAGGGCCACACGAUGACGGUGCUCCAGAAGUCCCAAGAGCCCGGCACCAAGUCCAAGGCCGUCACCUUCCACAGCAACGGGAAGGGCGGGUCGAAACUGCAGCUGGAUGUGACCAUCGACAAGGGCGAGGAGGACGCGGCGACCUGCCCGGUGGUGGCAUUCGAGAAGGCCAGCAGGGACGGCAUGCUGGGCGACGGUGUCGUGGCGCACAUCACUCUCCAGGAGGGCCAGGCCGUUUCGUUCACGCUGCGGGAUGAUCUCGACAGCCACGCCACUACGGAUAUCACGACCGAAGACCUGGACAAGCAGCAGCACGAUACGCAGACGUUCUGGUACAACUGGAUCUCUAAGUCCAAGUACAGAGGUAGGUGGAGGGAGGUAGUUGCGCGCAGCCUUAUGAUCCUGAAGCUGCUCACCUUUGAGCCGACCGGGGCCAUCGUCGCGGCCCCGACCUUUUCGGUGCCGGAGGAAAUCGGUGGGCCUAGGAACUGGGAUUACAGGUAUUCCUGGGUUCGGGAUUCAAGCUUCACGGUUUACAUCCUGCUGCGUUUGGGGUACGCUGAGGAGGCGGAUGCGUACAUGGGAUUCAUCAGCGAGCGGAUCCUGAAGUCGAGGACUCCUGAUGGAGGACUGCCCAUCAUGUUCACCAUAAGGGGAGACACUGAGAUUCCCGAACUGGAGCUCGACCAUCUGGAAGGCUAUAGGGGGUCGAGGCCUGUUCGGAUCGGCAACGGAGCAGCUUUCCACCAACAGUUCGAUAUCUAUGGGGAGCUCAUGGAUGCGGUUUAUCUGAACAACAAAUAUGGAAAGCCCGUGACUUGGGAUACUUGGGUCUCUGUAAGGCAAUUACUAGACUAUGUGUUGACCAUAAUGAAUGAUCCUGACAUGUCUAUUUGGGAGGUUCGAAACCGCAAGCAGCACUUUGUCUACUCUAAGAUCCAGCUCUGGGUCGCCUUUGACCGUGGGCUUCGCUUAGCAGAAAAGAGAAAUCUGCCCUGCCCGAACAGAGCCAAAUGGCUGGAGGCCAGAGACACUAUCUAUGAAGAGAUCAUGGAGAAGGGCUACAACACCGAGAUGAAGUCUUUCGUGCAGAGCUACGAGAACAACACGAUGCUGGACUCGUCCAUCCUGAUCGCACCGCUGGUCUUUUUCGUUCCGCCCAACGAGCCGCGCUUCCUCAGCACCCUGGACCGCAUCCUCUUGCCCCCGGAGAAAGGUGGCCUGACGUCAACGGGUCUGGUGUCGCGAUAUGACACGGAGCGCUCGGACGACGGCGUUGGCGGACGUGAGGGCGCUUUCAGCAUGUGCACCUUCUGGCUGGUCGAGGCCCUGACGCGAGCGGGCGUCUACGACAGAAGGUAUCUGGUCAAAGCGGUCAAUCUGUUCGAGAACAUGCUCAGCUUCUCGAAUCACCUAAGCAUGUUCUCCGAGGAGAUAUCGCGCAGUGGCGAGCAGUUGGGAAAUACGCCACAGGCUUUUAGCCACCUCGCUUUGAUUAGUGCGGCUUUCAAGUAG